GCUACUGCGCCGCGGGCGGGCGGGCGCUUCUGGACCGGUCAGCGCGCACAGGCUGCAGCCCCUGAAGCCCGGCCGGGAGGCAGGGAGCUACCGACACGAGCGAGCGGACCGACGGGGAGCAUGGGCCGCGAGCGGCGCGCGGCGUCGGGCUCGGCCAUGCGGCGGUGGCUGUUGCUGGGGGCCGUGACCGCGGGGUUCCUGUCCCAGAGCGUCUUGGCGGGUGUGAAGAAGUCGGACGUCCCCUGUGGAGGCCGAGACUGCAGCGGCGGCUGCCAGUGCUACCCGGAGAAAGGAGGCCGCGGCCAGCCCGGGCCAGUGGGCCCCCAGGGCUACACCGGACCCCCCGGCCUACAGGGGUUCCCAGGACUGCAGGGCCGCAAAGGCGACAAGGGCGAGCGGGGUGCCCCUGGGAUAACCGGGCCCAAGGGAGACGUGGGAGCCCGUGGCGUCUCUGGGUUUCCUGGUGCUGACGGAAUCCCUGGACACCCAGGGCAAGGGGGCCCCAGAGGGCCACCCGGCUAUGACGGUUGCAACGGAACCAGGGGGGAUGAAGGCCCACAGGGUCCCUCCGGCACUGGCGGCUUUCCCGGCUCACCCGGGCCCCAAGGACCCAAGGGGCAGAAGGGUGAGCCGUAUGCACUGUCUGAAGAGGACCGUGACAGAUACCGGGGUGAAAUCGGAGAGCCGGGGCUGGUCGGCUUCCAGGGGCCUCCCGGCCGCCCCGGGCCUAUGGGGCCGAUGGGCCCAGUUGGCGCUCCAGGAAGACCGGGACCACCUGGACCCCCGGGACCCAAAGGACAGCCUGGCAACCGUGGACUUGGUUUUUAUGGAAGAAAGGGUGAGAAGGGCGACAUAGGACAGCCGGGUCCCAAUGGCAUUCCGUUCGACACCAUCUAUCCCAUCGCCGGGCCCACAAAGACCACCUUCCACCCCGAUCAGUACAAGGGUGAAAAAGGAAGCGAGGGGGAGCCUGGAGCCAUAGGCAUCUCCCUGAAGGGAGAGGAAGGGAUCAUGGGCUUCUCGGGCUCACGGGGCGCCCCUGGCUUGGAUGGUGAGAAGGGAUCCCCCGGACAGAAGGGAAGCAGAGGCCUGGACGGUUACCAAGGCCCCGACGGACCGCGAGGACCCAAGGGGCAAGCAGGUGACCCGGGACCCGCAGGACCGCCCGCCUACUCCCCUCACCCUUCGCUGGCAAAAGGUGCCAGAGGAGACCCGGGAUUCCCAGGACCCCAUGGGGAUCCAGGAAGUCGUGGUGAACCGGGGGAUCCCGGCCCCUCAGGGCCCCCGGGGCUGCCUGUCAGAGAUGAAGAUGAGAUGAGAGGCCUCCCCGGUGAGAUGGGACCCAAAGGCUUCGCCGGAGAAAAAGGCUUCCCCGCACUCUACCCAGGCCCGCCCGGCGUGGACGGCAAACCCGGGCUCCCAGGAGUCCCUGGGCCUGCUGGCCCCCCUGGACCAGACGGCUUCCUGUUCGGCCUGAAGGGUGCAGAAGGACGCGUGGGCUACCCUGGGCCUUCCGGCUUCCCAGGGGCUCGCGGACAGAAGGGGUGGAAAGGCGAAGCCGGGGACUGCAAGUGCCUGGAAGGCGACCAGUUCCCCGGGGGGCUCCCAGGGCUGCCAGGAAUCAAGGGUUUCCCCGGCCUCAAUGGGGAGCCCGGGAGCAAGGGGCAGCAGGGAGACCCCGGGCAACACGGCAUCCCCGGGUUCCCAGGGUUCAAGGGAGCCCCUGGCCUCACGGGAGUUCCUGGACCCAAAGGAGCAAAGGGAGAUUCCAGGACAAUCACGACCAAAGGUGAGAGAGGACAGCCAGGCGUCCCCGGCAUGCCUGGGUUGAAAGGUGAUGAUGGAAUCCCCGGGCGUGAUGGGCUGGACGGAUUCCCGGGCCUCCCGGGCCCUCCCGGUGAUGGCAUCAGGGGCCCCCCAGGGGACGCGGGCUACCCAGGCAACCCAGGCACCAAGGGCAGCCCAGGAGACGUGGGUCCCCCAGGGCUCGGCCUGCCCGGCCCUAAAGGCGAGCGUGGCUUCCCCGGAGAUGCCGGCUUACCUGGACCACCAGGCUUCCCCGGGCCCCCAGGCCUCCCGGGAACCCCAGGACAAAUAGACUGUGACACCGGCGUGAAGAGGCCGCCCGGAGGUGACGGACAGCAGACGGUCCUGCCAGGUUGUGCUGCAGGGCCCAAGGGAUUGCCUGGCCUGCCGGGACCCCCAGGCCCCACAGGUGCCAAAGGCCUCCGAGGGAUACCCGGAUUCUCAGGAGCUGACGGACCCCCAGGGCUCAAGGGUCUGCCCGGAGACCCAGGCCGUGAAGGGUUCCCAGGACCCCCAGGGUUCGUGGGACCCCGAGGAUCCAAAGGCGCCACAGGUCUGCCUGGACCAGACGGACACCCAGGCGCUGUUGGCCUGCCGGGGCCAGCUGGGCCCCCCGGGGACAGGGGGCUUCCUGGAGAAGUCCUGGGGGCCCAGCCCGGACCCAGAGGCGAUGCUGGACUGCCCGGGCAGCCCGGGCUGAAAGGCCUCCCCGGAGAGAGGGGUCCCCCUGGCUUCACAGGCAGCCAGGGGAUGCCCGGGAUGCCGGGGCUCAAGGGGCAGCUCGGCCUCCCCGGACCGUCGGGCCAGCAGGGACUGCAGGGGCCUCCGGGGCAGCACGGGUUUCCAGGGGCUCCUGGUCCAGCGGGGCCCUUGGGGCGUCCCGGUGCCCCAGGCCUUGAAGGUCUGCCUGGGGACAGAGGAGAACCUGGGGACACAGGCGUUCCCGGCCCUGUGGGCAUGAAAGGCCUCUCCGGGGACAGAGGGGAUGCUGGUUUUUCGGGCGAGCGAGGCCAGCCGGGAAACCCUGGAUUCAAAGGAAUGAGCGGAAUGCCUGGCACCCCCGGGCCGAAAGGGGAGAGAGGCUCACCCGGGAUGGACGGCUUCCAAGGCAUGCUGGGGCUCAAAGGCCGACCCGGGCUCCCUGGAACCAAAGGCGAGGCGGGAUUCUUUGGGAUUCCUGGGCUGAAGGGCCUGGCAGGGGAGCCAGGUGUCAAAGGCAGCCGAGGAGACCCCGGCCCCCCCGGCCCCCCACCCAUCAUCCUGCCAGGAAUGAAAGACAUCAAAGGGGAGAAGGGCGACGAAGGGCCCAUGGGGCUGAAAGGACACCUGGGCUUAAAAGGUAUCCAAGGAAUGCCGGGGAUCCCUGGCCUGGCAGGAAUCCCGGGGCUGCCUGGGAGGCCCGGCCACAUCAAAGGAGUCAAAGGCGACAUUGGCGUCCCCGGCGUGCCAGGCUUGCCGGGGUUCCCUGGGGUGGCUGGCCCCCCUGGGAUCAUAGGAUUCCCGGGGUUCACAGGAAGCCGGGGUGACAAGGGCGCCCCCGGGAGAGCAGGCCUGUACGGCGAGAUCGGCCCCACAGGAGACUUCGGUGAUGUUGGGGACACCAUAGACCUCCCAGGAAGCCCAGGCCUGAAGGGGGAGCAGGGCAGAGCCGGAGUCCCAGGUCUAAAGGGGUUCUUUGGAGAGAAAGGAGCGGAGGGGGAAAUCGGCUUCCCGGGGAUAACAGGCCUGAUUGGAGCCCAAGGCCCGCCCGGACUCAAAGGCCAGACAGGCUUCCCCGGUCUGACGGGGCUCCAGGGGCCGCAGGGUGACCCGGGGCGGAUCGGAGUGCCCGGCGACAAGGGAGACCGUGGCUGGCCAGGAGCACCAGGCCUACCAGGCUUCCCCGGGAUCCGAGGGAUCGGCGGACUGCACGGCUUGCCAGGCACCAAAGGCUUCCAGGGGUCUCCAGGUGCUGACGCCCACGGAGAUCCUGGCUUCCCGGGCCCCACUGGAGAGAGGGGUGACCCAGGGGAGGCGAACUUGCUCCCAGGCCCCGUGGGAGUCCCUGGACAGAAAGGGGAGCAGGGAGUGCCAGGGGAGCGAGGCCCAGCUGGGAGUCCAGGCCUGCAGGGCUUCCCCGGCAUCACGCCGCCCUCCAACAUCUCCGGGCUGCCCGGCGACAAGGGGGCAGCGGGGAUAUUCGGCCUACAAGGUUACCGAGGGCCCCCCGGCCCACCUGGCCCUGCCGCUCUUCCCGGAAGCAAAGGAGAGGACGGGAGCCCAGGGGCUGCGGGAGUCCCCGGGAGCAAAGGCUGGGCUGGCGAUCCAGGACCCCAGGGCAGGCCCGGCGUGUUCGGUCUCCCCGGGGAGAAAGGCCCCAGGGGGGAGCAGGGAUUCAUGGGAAACACCGGAGCCACCGGAGCUGCAGGUGACCGAGGCCCCAAGGGCCCCAAGGGCGACCAGGGAUUCCCGGGUGCCCCUGGCCCCCUGGGGUCCCCAGGCAUCAUAGGACUACCCCAGAGGAUCGCUGUCCAGCACGGGCCAGUGGGCCCCCAGGGGAAGAGGGGUCCUCCGGGGGCGCAGGGGGAGAUAGGGCCCCAGGGCCCUCCUGGAGAGCCAGGUUUCCGGGGGGCUCCCGGCAAGGCGGGGCCCCAGGGCAGAGGCGGCGUGUCUGCUGUUCCCGGCUUCCGGGGGGACCAGGGACCCAUGGGACACCAGGGGCCCGUCGGCCAGGAAGGGGAGCCCGGCCGUCCUGGGAGCCCGGGGCUGCCCGGCAUGCCGGGCCGCAGCGUGAGCAUCGGCUACCUGCUGGUGAAGCACAGCCAGACGGAGCAGGAGCCCAUGUGCCCGCUGGGCAUGAACAAGCUCUGGAGCGGGUACAGCCUGCUCUACUUCGAGGGCCAGGAGAAGGCUCACAACCAGGACCUGGGCCUGGCGGGCUCCUGCCUGGCGCGCUUCAGCACCAUGCCCUUCCUGUACUGCAACCCCGGCGACGUCUGCUACUACGCCAGCCGCAACGACAAGUCCUACUGGCUGUCCACCACCGCCCCGCUGCCCAUGAUGCCCGUGGCCGAGGACGAGAUCAAGCCCUACAUCAGCCGCUGCUCCGUGUGUGAGGCCCCCGCGGUCGCCAUCGCCGUCCACAGCCAGGACGUGUCCAUCCCCCACUGCCCGGCCGGCUGGCGGAGUCUGUGGAUCGGGUAUUCCUUCCUCAUGCACACCGCGGCCGGGGACGAAGGCGGUGGCCAGUCGCUGGUGUCGCCGGGCAGCUGCCUGGAGGACUUCCGCGCCACGCCCUUCAUCGAGUGCAAUGGCGGCCGCGGCACCUGCCACUACUACGCCAACAAGUACAGCUUCUGGCUCACCACCAUCCCCGAGCGCAGCUUCCAGGGCUCGCCCUCGGCCGACACGCUCAAGGCCGGCCUCAUCCGUACACACAUCAGCCGCUGCCAGGUGUGCAUGAAGAACUUGUGAGCCGGCCGCGGCCGCCGGCGAGGCCCACCGUGGUGCUUACUCCUAACGUAUUACCUCACGUGCCGACCCAGAAAGCCGCCUCCCUCUGCCUUCCAAAAAGAAGCUACCAAAGCGACUGGGCACCCAGAGCCACCUGUCACCAAGUGCCACCGAGUAGGCGCUCUGGACCGUGCACAGCAGAAACCCCGCCCACUAGCCGCGCCCCGCUAACCACGCAGCCACCAGGGGUGGCACCAACGUGGCAGCCCCUGACGGAAACGCGCAGCCCGAGGGUCCCGUGGGGACCAGGCCACGCCCCCUCGCUGCCAGUCACCCCGACGGGCGCAUUUGUAAGCGCACUCCUCACUCACCCGCAGUUCUUCCUCGUGACCGCUGGGUUGGCAAUACGGCGGGGCCGAUUUCUGGGCUCCAAGCGGUGCUUCUCCUGGGGGCUCUCCCAUUUCUGCUGAGCUGUACCCGCCCCCGCACUGUAUCCUGUGUAACAACCAACAAAUAAACUUUGUUGCUUUUCAA